AAGCGUGUUGAAAUCAACCGGAAAUACGCGUUACCCUAGCCCUCGGUCAAACAUGGCGUCGUCUUCUGAGGAACCUGGUGACGGCGUUUCAUCUCACAAGAGAGAGGAAAGGCUCCGCAAAUUUCGGGAACUGCAUUUUAAAAGGAAUGAAGCACGUAAGCUCAACCACCAGGAGGUUGUGGAGGAGGACAAACGAUUGAAGCUACCGACAAACUGGGAGUCUAAAAAAGCUCGCCUGGAGUGGGAACUAGCUACUGAUCUGAAGAAAAAGGAGUGCGUGGACAAGGGGGAGGACUAUGACCGUGUGAAGCUUCUGGAGAUCAGUGCUGAGGAUGCAGAGCGCUGGGAGAGGAAGAAGAAGAAGAAGAACCCUGAUCCAGGAUUCUCAGGUUACGCCGAGGCCCAGCUGCGUCAGUACCAACGCCUCACCAGGCAGAUCAAACCAGACAUGGAGGGCUACGAGAGGCAGAGGGAGGACUGUGGUGAGGACUUCCACCCAACCUCCAACAGCCUGAUCCACGGCACCCACGUCCCAUCCAAGGCGGGCAUCGACCGCAUGGUGGAAGAUGUGGAGAAACAGAUUGAGAAGAGGGCCAAGUACAGCCGCCGCAGGGCCUACAACGACGAUGCGGACAUCGAUUACAUCAACGAGAGGAACGCCAAGUUCAACAAGAAGGCCGAGCGCUUCUACGGCAAAUACACGGCUGAGAUCAAACAGAACCUGGAGAGAGGCACGGCUGUCUGAGGGACGCUCUGAGGAUCCUCCUAUACUCCUAUAUGGGAUGCUCAGAAGCUAAUGAUGCCAGUAAGGUUAAAAGACUGGUCAUGUAUAUACAGUACAAACUUCAUGUGAGUAUCACAGUACUUAGUAUAGUUAUUUGGAGCUACAUGGUUUGUAUUGUGACACAGGUGUUUUGAAGAUGCUUUUUGUAUUUUUAAUACUUAGGAUCAGUGUAAUCUGAGCAAGGUUUGAAUUUAAUCUCAAUGAAAAUCAUUAUUAGUGUCACACCCUCUAAAGGCAUUUGGAGAUGCAUGUUUAUUGUCCCCCACCACCCUUGAACGUUAUUUUAUCUUUUAAAUAAAAACACUUGAUUGGA